AUGACCUUUGCCCCUGCUCUUAUCCUGAUCUUGGCUUCUGUUAAUUGUUUUCCAGUGACGCCUCCUGAACCCCGAGUCUCUUUUUUAUGUUGCUCCCGAGCUUCGCCCCUGACUAAGGUCACUGAUUACCUCAUGGGCUACACCAAAACCGUCACCCGGCGCCGCGAGUCUUCGCAUCAUUGCCACGAGUCGAUCUUGAAGAACGAGACGCACAAGAGAAAGAGUUUCUGUGUACACUGGAAAGAAGGACGGCACAUGUACGGAUAG